AUGGCGAAAGCCGACGGACUUCAGGAUGAACUGUGCGAAGUGGAAGACUUGGAGGUGAGGCUCUUGCAGACGCUGGGCGAGUCUUCCACCAUGACCAAGACUCAGCUGUUGCAACCACCAGCGCAAGAUGCGACUGCUGCGCCAGCCACGCCUGCGACGGAAACACCGGCCAUUGCGACGAACGAUGCUUGCAAGUUCAAUCCCAGUUGGUCCGGCUGUGUGUCUCGGUGGUGGAUGGACUCCAUGGACUCCAAAACUGGGGGCUUUAGCAGCAGCAAAGCACCAUGUUUCUGCCGCAGUGACCCCAACAACCUCACCCUCCGGUGCAUUCCCCCGGCUGCAAUUGGAAUGGUCAGAGCUAUUUUGGUGGCUGGUGCGAAGGUGGAUAUGGUGGUCAUGGCUCCCAUGGUUUUCCUCUUGUCGCUGCUGUGGACCGCCUCUGCCGUCCGUCCGGCCGUGGAAAGCCUGGGACCUUUGCACCAAGCGGCCGCCAAGGGACAGGCGACGGCCAUCGAGGUGUUGGUGGAAGAUGGAGAGGAUGUGAACGGGAAAGACAGCGAGGGAAGGACACCCUUGUGGCAGGCAGUGUCACAUCAGCAGCUUUUGGCGACUGAGAAACUUCUGGAGCUGGGGGCGACUGACUUAGAUCAGGAAUGGAUGAAGAAGACUCUCUUGGGCGUGGCAUGCUAUGAAGGAUACCCCGUGGCCAAGUUGGUGGAAACGCUUCUUGAGCACAAGGCAGAUGUCAAUAAGGCUGAUGGAUAUGGUAAAACUCCAUUGUCCUACGCCAAAAGUCGUGGAGCGUACCAAAUCGAAGAGGCCACAGCUCCAUUGAACUGGGCUGAAGGAGAUGCUGAAGCCGCGCACGCGGCGCAGGUGGCAGCGGCUGCUUGGAGCGCGGCUGCCUCGGCUGCGCAAGCGGCGCGGGAGAACUCCAAUUGCUUCGGGGAUGGUUCGUUGUCGCAGAACCUGGGAUGUCCUUACCACGUCUUGUGGGGCACCUGUGUUGUGACUGCGGGCUGCAACUGGCAUGGAGAAAGUGCCCUGGGUGGCUGGUGCACCGGUGGUACGCAAUGCACCUAUCAACCAGUGCCAACUGGUUGCAUGGUGACCCCUGGCUGCCGAUGGCAACCGGCCACGGCACCCCUGAUGGUGCCCAUGUGA